AUGCAUCCGGCCUCCAACCCGGCCGAGGCGCCGCCGCCUAGCAAUAAUGAUGGCCCGCGCCCCGCGUCACACUUACCGGGCAGCCCCGAAAAUCACCUCGCCUCAAAUGCCCCCUCCGAUGGGCAUCUCCUUCACCCGGACACGAACUCCCCACCCGCACGGAAAGACACCUCCUCGUCGAUUUCGACCGCUGUAACUGGCUUGACUUCGGCAACCGUUGGCACAGAUGACACUCCAGGGACGCCCUACAGCAGCGUCGCUUCAUCGCCCACCACCUUUGCCUCAACCCAGGCGGUUUUCUCCGCAAGGGACGGGACUAAUGUGGCCCCGCAACGACGUGCGAGCCGGCGUCGGACCGGCCCCUUGACGGCUGUCCAGCGUGAGCGUGCCCACCUGAUUAGGAAAAUGGGAGCUUGCCCUGACUGCCGGCGGAGGAGAGUCGCGUGCCACCCGAACCAUCACAACAUGACCUGGGAAGACGCCGCAAAAAGGUUCAGAUCACACGAGCCAUCUACCCAGGCCCUAUCACCCAUAUCGGGACCCCCAAUAAGCCCUGCGCAACUUAAUUCUAGGGGGUCAUUCUCUCAGGACGCUAGAGAGAUGGACCUUGACAUUUCGCCAACGCAACAGCACGUCCAACCGGCCUUGAGCAGAACCCCGCUUCCGUCUGGGCCACGGCCAGACAAGCAUACGCAUUUGCCGCCCCUCCCUGGCUUCGAGAGCUUCAGGACGGACCUACAAGGGAGCGCCGACAGGAUUUUGGGAAGCCCUUUCCGUAGUCGAUACGGUAGCGUUUCCGUGCUCUUAGUCCGGUGGCAGGACGAUGACGACCUUGAAGCCCAGGACGCUCUUAACGAACUCGCCAAGACAUUCCACGACAUCUACCACUAUACGGUGUACACCAAAUCCAUCCCAUCUAGGACAGAAGACUCCAGGACCCCGUGGCUAUGGCUAACACAGGCGGUCACGGAGUUUGUGGGGGAUCACAAUCAGCGCGACUGUCUGAAAAUAUUCUACUACAGUGGAUAUAGCUACUUGGAUGGUGGCCGAGAGCCGGUACUUGCUAGCUCUAAGCAUGCCGACCCAGCCUCGGUCAUCCGAUGGAGCAGUAUCCAGCAGUUCUUCGAGAACACUCGUUCUGACGCGUUACUUCUUAUGGACUGCGCAUACUACCCCACACACGCAAAAUCUCGGGGGUUGGGUAUGUUGGAGUUGAUUGCUGCGUGCGCCGGCGAAGACCACGUUGAACUUCUCGGUAGAAGUGCUUUCACUCGCGCUUUGGCAACGCAGCUACGGAAGAGAAUCGGCCAGCCAUUCAAGGAGCCGUUUUCUGCGGCCGAGCUCCACGCCAAGCUGGUGUCGUUAUAUCCCGAGAUAGCGCAAGAACGUCACCCAGAGAGGGAAGUCGUCACGAGGUUUCCCAUGCCGUUGAGCAUGCAGGUUUCCGGUAGCAAGACGCUACCGUCUAUCUUGCUCGCGCCGCUGCGACACGACGCACCCACCAACACAUCUAGUGGGACACACAUCAGUAUUACGUUUCGGUUGACGGAUGACUCGUUCGACAUGGACGCCUGGGCCGAGUGGUUCCGUACAAUGCCCGGAGGAAUCAGGGAGGCGAGGGUGGAAGGCCCUUAUCGCGAUACGUUACGGUAA